GCACCCGAUACACGCCGCGCCGGCCGAGACACGCGACUACCACAUCGUGGCAUCAGUUCUCGCCUGUUUCGCUAAGGGUGCAGACCUGCUGAAUCGUCAUGUACACCGGUCCCGGGCAUGUGCUCGUCGCGAUCGCGAUCGCACUCGUUGUCGCUUCAGCCGUGUCGCCGUUAUGCGGGGAGCUUAUUGUCGACAUGCCCAAAUUCGCUGAACCGAUAACAAAUGUUACAGUUCCGGUUGGCAGAGAAGCAACAAUAGUGUGCAUCGUGGAUGACCUUGGUUCUUAUAAGGUAGCUUGGCUACGGGUGGAUACGCAGACCAUAUUGACCAUCCACAACCACGUGAUCACGAAAAACCACCGGAUCGGCGUGUCGCACUCGGACCACAGGACGUGGCACAUACACAUCAAGGAAGUGAGAGAGUCCGAUAAGGGAUGGUACAUGUGUCAGAUAAAUACGGACCCGAUGAAAAGUCAACUAGGCUUCUUAGAUAUCGUUGUUCCUCCGGACAUAUUGGACUAUCCGACAAGCACAGAUAUGAACGUUCGCGAAGGCAACAACGUGUCGCUGAGAUGCGCAGCUUCGGGAUCACCAGCGCCCAAUAUCACGUGGCGUAAAGAAGGAUCCGACUUCAUACGUCUGGAACGUAGCCAACAAGUACACAACGUUGAAGGGCCAGUUCUGAAUCUGACACGGAUCAGUCGCUCUCACAUGGGAGCAUAUCUAUGCAUUGCGUCCAACGGCGUGCCGCCGUCGGUUAGCAAACGGAUUAUGCUGGUGGUAAACUUCCCACCGAUGAUAUGGAUUCAAAACCAGCUGAUCGGAGCAUUCAUUGGCCAAUCACUAACUCUCGAGUGCUUGUCCGAAGCGCAUCCCAAGUCGAUCAACUAUUGGACCCGAGAGGCCGGCGAGAUCAUUGCUCACGGAGAAAAAUAUGAACCGGAAGAGUUUGUCACUGAACAAUAUAAAACGCGAAUGAAACUCACAAUUAAGUCUGUUACUGCCGAAGAUUACGGCACGUACAAAUGUUUGUCAAGAAACGCACUCGGAGACACAGAUGGCACAAUAAAAAUAUACCAAGUGGCUAAUAACGGCGCACACAGCACUACGCGACCCAAGCACAGAUACAAGAACCGUAACCGGACCAGAAUACGAGUGCAGUCGAAUGAUAUUAGAGACUCCGCGUUCUUAUCGAAGGACGAAAAUAACGAACUACAGACACAUUACGACGAUGAAGGCGAAUUUGAAGAAUACGAUUCCGGAUCGCAAACUCUAAUCGCGAAUCUACCUCUUUACAUCGCAGUAAUUGUAUGCGCAAUUACGUUGGUGUACGUGCACGAGUGACUCCAAAACACUACAAAAUAUACGCUGUCCAAUAAACUUACGAUUUAUAAUAAUAAUUUACUUAUAUAAAUAGAUAAUAUUAUAAUAUGUUGUUAAGUCUGAAAUGUUUUUGGUCUUUUUUUGUGGUUUGGUUUUAUUUUUCUAGUCCGUUUUCUUAAAAUAAUGUAUCCAUUAUUAUACACUUGAAUUUAACUAUGUAAUACUAUGUAUUACGAAUAGAUUAUAAUAAAUAAGUAUAUAUACAGGGUGAUUCUUUUAACAGUAAAUACUUAUCGUUUCUAAAAGUAUUAACAUUUUAGAAAAUAUUAUUUUUUUUCACAACUCUGAAUUCAUUGUAAAUGAACAUUUUUGAAAAAAGAAAUUAAUCGUUGGAAUUUUUAAAAUGUUAACUGUUUUUAAUGGCAAAAUUUCAUAUUUCUAGGUCGACUUCUCAGUUCAUUUAAAUUUUAAAUACUUAUAUAGGUACACUGAUCAAUAACUUAAAAAAUGUUGUUUAUGAUAUAAAACAAUAUUUUUUAAAACAUUAAUACUUUAUGAAAUUACGCUUAUUUAGUGUUAAAAGGAUCAUACAGAAAAAAAAAAUUAGAAUUAAUUGAUAGUAAAUUAAAUGUUGUAGUAAGAUUAAAAUAUAUUCUAUAAUUUUAUUUUACAGAUAUGUAUAUAGUGUAUACAAUAUACAUAAUAUAUAUAUAUUUAUAAAUAUAUAUGCAUUUGUAUAUAAUACUUACUUUAUAUGAAGGAACUCCGUUAGCAUUGUUUUAACUUUAAAUAAAUUAUAAGAAAAUAAUAUUGUUAUCCAUUAUCAUAGAUUCGUUUUAGUGAAUUAUUUUUUUAUACUAGUUCUGUCUAAUAUUUUUGUCUGAUUAAAAUAUUGUGUUGUGUCUUGUGUGCAUAUCUAUCUAUAAGAGUAUACAAUUUAAUUAGUUGCAAAAAAAAAAACUAAAAAAAAUUACGCGUUUGUAAAACCACGCUAGGCAAAAAAAAAAAAAAAGACUGAAUGAAUGAGUGAGCAUCAAGUAUAUUUUGUAUCGUAAACUUGGCUCUCCAUUAAUAAAAUAAUAACGAACGUUUAACGAAAAUGUCUGUAUUAUUUUAUGACUUAAGAUGUAUUCGUGUGUUUAACGAACAUAAACUUGUACAUAUCAUUUGAUGCUAUCCAUACGGAACUAUUUUCAAGUCCGCACCAAAUUCAUUGCAUUGUAAUAUAACACGUUUAUGCGCAGUAUUAUAGGAGGUACUUACUAUUAUUAUAAUUAUUAUUAGUAUUAUUAUUGUAAAAAAAUAAUGAAAUCAGUGAUGAUAAUGUCAUCUGCAAUGAUCUUACUUUCAAUAUACUAAAAUCUCCCUAUACACUGCACAUCGUAUAAGUUAUGAUAAGGAUAUGAGAAAUAAGUUUAAAAACUUUUUUGAAUAAUUUAAGUAUGUAUUUGAUGUUAAUACAUAACUAAAAAUUUUAAGUUAAAUUAAUGUACCUAUAUAUUUUCAUCAUAAUUUAAACGAUCUCCGAUUUUACAUAGAAUACAUUUUUGCAAUUUAAGAAUCAUGUACUUAUACUACAUUAACUAAUUUUUAAAAAAAGCUAAAUAAAUUGUUUAUUAGUGACAUUUUGUUUAUAUAAAGUACCUAUUUAAAAAUAAAACAAAGUAUAUUAUGUAUUAUAAGUAUUAGAAUAUUAUAGUUUAAUAGUAUAAUAUGCAAUUUAAUAUAGGUAGGUACAUUAUAAUAUGUUUAUUAUUGAUAAAACAUUUUAAUACAGUAAAAUUUAAUAUCUGUGCAUUUCAUCGAAAAUAAGGAUGUAUUGAUAAAUAAUGAUCUCGUAAAAUCUCGUAAAAUUCACCCACGUGUGCUUUAAUAACAAGUUAUUUAAUGUUUAACUUGAUUAAUAACUAUGUUAAUAACUAGCACAAAUAUAACAGCUUCCUAAUUUAAUGUCGUAAUGGAUUCGAUGGGUUUUGUGAAGAACGGCAGGAAGCUAAUUAUUACCCGCGUAGUCACGUCUGAGUUUUUAACCAAUUUGAUUCAAGUCUAUAAAUAAAAGUGAAUUUAGUGCAUUAUGAGACUUCUUCGCGAUGAGGAUAAAGAAAUAUUUAUACAGCUGUUCCACAAAAGCAGAUCAAAUGUUUUCUUUGGCUCUCUUUUAUAUAUUUUCAUUCGUGUUAUAAUCAUGAUUCAACAUUUCUUUGCCAACUCUCCUAGCAUGCGUAUUUCAACGUAAAAUCUUUUAAAAUUGUUAUUGAAAUCUCUAAUGGUUUUCGUUUCGAUGCGUAUUAUAAUAAUUAUUACAAAACUGCAGUUGCCUACUGCCAUACUACCAUACAUUAAAUCACACAUACUUAUCAUCAAAAUGAAUUUGCACAGACAGUAGCUAAACACGUUCAUUAGCUAAAAGUUCAUUAUUUAUAUUUAUACUACCUAUAUAUUCUGUAAUAUAAUAUAUUCCUAUAAUAAAAUAUUAUAUUAUACGUUUAUAACUGUUCUAAAGUAUUUUCAAUCAUACUGUGAUGUUCCUAUACCAACAAUUCAAAAUAAUUUUUAUUCGUACCUAUAUUAUAAAAAAUUGAUUUCGAUUAGGUACGACACUCAAUUUUGUACCUACCUACUAUAUGAAAAUAUAUAUAUAGGUACCUAUUAAUAAAUAUAUCAAAUAAUACAUCAAUGUAUUUAAGUCUAUAUUAAUAAGAUAAUCUGUGUUGUUUAUUUGUAACAAUGUAACAUGAUAAUAUUAUGUUAAAAUAAUUUAUACUUUAUAAUCUUAAUUAUUUCGUAAAUAUUACUAUAGUACCUAUACAAUAUUUGUUCUAAUAUUCUAAUAAUAUAUUGUGUAAGUCUUUGUAUAAUAUGCUUUCAAUCGCAAAUAAUCUGACACUUGAUAAUAUGAAUUGUAUACUAUUAAACGUGCACAUUUGUCCAUUGACAUAGAAAUAGUAAUAUUAUAAAUUAUAAUAAUUAUUUUUAUGAUUAUUUGUAUAAUAAUAUUAUUAAAGAAUAAAAUACGAAAUAAUAUUACUAUGCACAGAACGAAUAAUGAAGGUGGUCGAUCAUAAUUGGUUUAUCAUUUCAUUAAUGUAAAACCAUUUAAAUUAUAUUUUGAUUACCUGCAUGGCUAAAAAUUAUAUUAUUGUAUAACAGCUGUGUAGGUAUUGUAUUGUAUUUAUAUUUGAAAAAAAUUGAAAAUAUUUAUUUAUAUCUGAUAAGAAAUUGUUUAUAAUAGAAAUUACACAUGUUUAUAAAACAUUUCUCUAAACUGUUUUAAAAAAAAUUUAAUUAUAUUAUAAUAAUAUGUAUAUGUAGUAAUAUAUAUUAAAGAAAAUAUAAUUAUAUACUUUAUUAUGUCUAUUAUGUGAAGUUAAAAAUAUUAGAAACUCGACA